UGUCGUCCGUCGCUCACGCUACGCGCGCUAAGUAUUCCCCCUCACCCCUCCUUCUGCGCUCAGAACACGUUUCCAUGCUGUCGGAAGCCUUUCACUGCGGUGUCGUCUCGGGUCUGAUGAGUUGUGCAGCCUCCUAACGAUGCUGGAAGUGCCCGUGAUCUGCUAGUAAGGCCAUAAUGAUGUCAUUAACGGUGUCCGGUGGGAUCUCAAGGUCACGGCUCAUCUCAAGGUCACCUUCGUUCUGUCUGAGAAACGUGUCACUGGUCAGAGCCCUGUUCCAGACAUCAGUAAGGAUAUCCGCCCCUCUGCGCUCCUACUGUGGUACACCUGGACAACAUUCCUCCGUCUACAGGCCCAGACGGGCACUACUGUUUGUAGCAGGGAACGAUGAGAGAAAGAUUCGCAAGGUUCCAUCGUUGGACGUGGACUGUGUUGUUAUGGACUGCGAAGAUGCCGUAGCACCCAGCAAAAAGGAUGAAGCUAGAACAACAGUUAGGAGGAUGCUGGACGAGGUUGACUUUGGUAGGACAGAGUGUGCCGUGAGGAUUAAUUCCGUGGACAGUGGACUGGCAAAUGACGACCUGUCGGCUAUUCUCCAAGCAAAGAAGCUGCCUUCAGCUAUUUUGCUGCCUAAGGUGGAGAGUGUUGAAGAGAUGCAAACUUUUGCUGCUAACCUGAACACUGCUGUUGCUGGAAUAGAUUAUAACCCAACCUUUGACCUCCUGGCCAUCUUGGAGAGUGCCAAAGGCCUGAUGAACCUCCAGCCUAUCCUGCAGGAAACCAUCAGCCUGUCUAACAUGUCACCCUUCCGACUGGCUGCACUGGUGUUUGGAUCAGAAGACUUCGCUGCAGAUAUAGGUGCCAGUCGGACCAGUGAUGCCACAGAACUCCUGUAUGCCAGACAGAAGGUUGUCCUGGCAGCAAAGGCCUUUGGUCUACAGGCCAUUGACUACGCCUCUGUAGACUUUAAAGAUACAGAGAACCUUAAAAGACAGGCAGAGGAGGGAGCCAGGUUCGGCUUUACAGGGAAAGUAGCGAUCCACCCCCUGCAGGUGCCCAUUGUCCAGCAGGCGUUCUCCCCCAGUCCUGAGAGGGUAGUCUGGGCACGUGGUCUCAUCCAGGCGUUUCAACAGCACCAACAGGAGGGCAAGGGCUCCUUUGAGUAUGAAGGAAAGGUGAUUUACAAACCGGGACUACUCCAGGCACAGCACAUACUCCAGUUAGCUCAAUCCUCAGAACUUUGAAGCUCACAGAACUGGAGGGAAAACUAUGACUUCUUCCUAUCAAUGAUAAAAGGGCUUUAAUAAAGGGUGUCUGACUUUUUAACCAUGGUGGUGGUUCCUCUUUCAAAUGGUGUUUAGAUGGGGUACUAUAAGCCAAUCUGUGCUCUUCAUGUUGAGAUAUACGGGAACACGCUGGGUUACCAGACGACUUCCAAGUCUAUCGCUCUCUGCCAAGAGGCUCAUCCACGUGCAGGAAGAGCCCACUCUGACCAUACUUGACUGCAUUUCCAUACCAAACUGCUCUUACCCAUAUUAAAGUCAACUGUACCGAUUACAAACCACCAUGCAUGGUUAAGUGACUUUAUUCAUUCCAUCAAUUUACUUUAUUCCGUCCUCCACCAUAUUCCGUUUGAUUACCUCAGUCUCAUAGCUAGUAAAUGUAGUGGCAUCCUGUCUAUACACAAAGGUUAUCUAAC